UACAACUCAGAUUCUCCAGCUCUCUCCUUCUCUGACGCCUCUCCAGCUCUCUCUCUCAAGCUCACACUCUUGCUCACACUUAAGCUCACACUCUCAAGCUCACUCUCUGACGUUGUUCCUCUCACUUUUUAAGAUGGCAAAAGAUACUUGGACUCCCGAAGAAACUAGGUAUUUUUUUCAACUGUACGCGGAAGAGAGAAGAAAAGGAAAUAAGGGUGCUACAGGCAUGAAUAAAGUAGGGAAACAGAACAUCAUGAAUGCAUUUGAGCUGAGGUUUAAGAAGGGAUUUUCCGAUUGGAAGAGAGACUUUAAGAACAAGUACGACACCAGUAGGAAGAAAUACAUCAAGAUUAAGGCGCUGACUCAAAACAGGACAGGGCUUGGGUAUGACAACAUGGGAAGAAUUCUCAUGUCAGAUGAUUGGUGGAAUGAACGUGAAAAGGAGUGUCCUGGGAUUAGAAAAUCCGCGUGCAAAGAGAUUGACAACAUGGAUAUGUAUGAAGCAGAAUUUGGUGGCGUAGUAAUAACUGGAGCUGAAGGAUGGAGUGCUCAACAUGGAGAAGCAAGUUUGAACUCUAGAGUGGGUGGAGAUGAUGGUGAUGAGGAAGCUGAUUCUCAGCCAACAGCAGAGCCUCAAGCAUUGGAGACAGAAACUCAGCCACCAGCUCAGACACAAACCCAACGCCAAACUCAGCCAACAGCUCAGACUCAUUCCGGCGGAAGUUCAAGAGCAAAAAGAAGGCGUAAGGAGAAAGACAUGGUUGUAGAAGCUUGUGACAAAAGGACUGAUGCUAUUGUGGUGAAGAAUAGGAUAGCAGAGCAGAUGUUGGAGCGUGAAGAGAGACAGAGAGUGGAGCGUGAAGAGAGACAGAGAGUGAUCUCCAUUGAGAAUGUGCUAGAGAUUUUGUCUGCACUUCCCGGAGUGGAAGAGUGGUCGCCAUUGUAUGAAGCAGCAAUGGAACUGCUUAUAGAUAGUGAAGAGAACCAUGAUUAAAAGAUGGAUAUUGGAAGAUGAGGAUGGUGAUUAUGACGAUGAGCUUGGCUUGUUUGAUGUGGCUACUGAGAGAGUGAGUCAUCGAACAGAUAGAGGAGCAGGAUGGCGU